CGCGCGUAUGUGUGUGUCCGUCCGCGGGGGGCGGAGAACGCUCCGCGGUGGGGCGCGAGUGGACGCGGAGCUCGGGCGGCGGGAGGGGGCCCGCGGAGGCCGGGGGGGGGGGGGGGGCGGCGGCGGCCGAGCGGCGGGUAGCGAGGAGGGGGGGAGUGGAGUGAAGGCGAGAUGAGCGCUAGGCUCCCCCUGGGCACAGAGCCGCCCUCAACAGCCGCCGCUUGUGAAUGAACUGAGGCAAGGCCGCCCGCCGGGUGCCCCCCUCCCCUUCUCCUUCCCCUCCUUCCCCUUCUCCCCCGGCUUGCCCGCCCGUCGGCGCCCCACCGGGGCCGUCCCCGCCUGCCCCCGGCUUCCGUGCCCCCACGCACCUUCGGGAGCGCGGCCCUGCCCGCCGCAGCCGGCGCCGUCCACCGCGGCCGGGAGAACUGAAGGAAGGCCAUCAUGGGAGCAUUUUUAGACAAGCCAAAGAUGGAGAAGCAUAAUGCCCAGGGACAAGGGAAUGGGCUUCGUUACGGUCUAAGUAGUAUGCAAGGCUGGCGAGUUGAAAUGGAGGAUGCACAUACAGCUGUGAUUGGUUUGCCAAAUGGACUUGAUGGAUGGUCAUUUUUUGCUGUAUAUGAUGGGCACGCUGGAUCACAGGUUGCCAAGUACUGCUGUGAGCAUUUAUUAGAUCACAUCACAAGCAACCAGGAUUUUAAAGGGCCAGAUGGGCCUCCAUCUGUGGAAAGUGUAAAGAGCGGCAUCAGAACAGGUUUUCUGCAAAUUGAUGAACACAUGAGAGUCAUCUCUGAGAAGAAACAUGGUGCAGACAGAAGUGGGUCAACAGCUGUGGGUGUCAUGAUUUCUCCCCAACAUACAUACUUCAUCAACUGUGGAGACUCGAGAGGUUUGCUCUGUAGAAACAGGAAGGUUCACUUCUUCACGCAGGAUCACAAACCAAGUAAUCCACUGGAGAAAGAGCGUAUACAGAAUGCAGGUGGCUCUGUAAUGAUUCAGCGUGUGAACGGCUCUCUUGCAGUUUCAAGGGCACUUGGGGACUUUGAUUACAAGUGUGUCCAUGGGAAAGGUCCUACAGAACAGCUAGUCUCACCUGAGCCUGAAGUUUAUGAAAUUGAGAGAUCAGAAGAAGAUGAUCAGUUCAUCAUACUGGCUUGCGAUGGUAUCUGGGAUGUUAUGGGAAAUGAAGAGCUGUGUGACUUUGUAAGAUCCAGACUUGAAGUCACUGAUGACCUUGAGAAAGUUUGCAAUGAGAUAGUUGACACCUGCUUGUACAAGGGAAGUCGAGACAACAUGAGUGUGAUAUUGAUCUGUUUUCCGAAUGCACCAAAGGUAUCACCAGAGGCGGUGAAAAGAGAGGCAGAGUUGGACAAGUACCUGGAAAGCAGAGUAGAAGAGAUCAUAAAGAAGCAGGGUGAAGGAGUCCCAGACUUAGUCCACGUGAUGCGUACAUUAGCCACUGAGAGCAUCCCAAACCUCCCGCCAGGGGGUGAAUUGGCAAGCAAACGGAGUGUGAUUGAAGCCGUUUAUAAUAGACUGAACCCCUACAGGAAUGAUGAUACUUCUGGAUUAUGCAGAAAUUUCUGUAAAUAUGGGCACUCCAGACUUUAAAGGGUUCCUUCUUUUUUCUUUAAGGAUUCUGCCUCAACUGAUGAUAUGUGGUAAAACUGCUCAUCUAGCUGUGGAAAUCACGUUUCAUCCUUCAAAUGAAAGUGCACCCCAACCUCAGUGACCCUUCUUAACAUCCAUCCUCAACCUUGGUUAAAGAAGGGAAUAUGAUGUGUUGGUGAGAGGACUACAGCAGUGCGACAUCUAGCCCAGGAACUGAUCUUUUUUGUAAAACAGACUUCUGUAAACGUGAUUUCAAACCGUAAUUAAUGUUGUAAAUCAGACUCCAGCAAUUUAUGUUGUAUGAUUUUGUUUUUUGUAAAGUGCAAUUGUCUUGUACAAAAUGCUCAUAUUUAAUUAUGAACUGCUUUAAAUCACUAUAAAGGUUAGAAGAAAUGUUUGGCUUGUGUGAUGCAACAAUAUAUAUCCCUUUAAUUCAUGUUGUGGUUUUCGAUUGCAAGGAGCAGCAGCCUGGCCAGCUAGGUGUUCAAGAGGUGCUCAAAACUAUAAAGACAACUUUUUGUUUUAUAUGAAAGCUGUCUUGUGGGCAACUUAUGAGAAACUGCAGUGUGUGAAUUUGCUUGGCGAUGGAAACGUAACUAAGAGUAGUGAACAUUCUUCAGCAAACAUGAAUCCAUUCUUGGAUGCAUUCCUGCUCUCACAUUGAGUUAAAGGGAGUUCUGAUUUUGACUUCAGUGGGAGUUAAAUCAUGCCCCAUUAAUAGUAUCGUGUUACAUACCUACCUUGGGAUUAGAAUGCCUUGAUUCUCUGCACCUCUUUUUUCAUUAACCCUUACCUGAAACUACUAAUCACUGAGCAUGAACAGGCAGCUUUCUACACACAGUAGGAGUCUGCAGCAUUUUUACAAUCCUGAUUGGCUGGGUCUGUUGCUGUUCCAAGUAAAAUAACUUUGAAUUCCAUUUUAUCAAUAAAGCUUGAUUUAACAAACAAGAAAUUUAUCCAUAAAUGUGUAAUUCCUUUUUUCCUGCCUUUUAAAAUGUCAGUGCCAUUGUAGAUGAUAUUUUACUUGUGGAAGAAUAUUUUUAUUAAUUGGUAGCCCAUUUUUAAAAUGGGAAGGAUUUUGAUUAUUGCCCAAGACAUAGCCAUAUGCUAAAGGAUGAUGUGGGAUUAAUCCAUUACCCUAUUUUUUAAAAGUGUGGGGGUUUUCAGGCUUUUUGGUGGUUUAUUUGGUUUUUUUUUUCCCCACUGAAGGUGUGCAUUGGUUUGAAUUUGCCUACUGUUUGAUAAAAACACAUUUGUCAAAGCCUGACAAUCUUUAACAUUUUAUGGUGUGUGUUUUUAAUUGACCCACUUAGAAUGAGAGACUAGUGGUUAAACAGUACUUGUGAUUUGAGAUAUAGCAUGUUGACAAUAUUUAACUGUUCGUUGUUUAAAAUUCUAAUUUAAAAUUUUAUAAGAUAAUAAACUAAUUUGAUUUAAGCUUAGCUUUUUCCCAUUAAGCAUACAAAAACUAAGUUUUUGAGUCAGUCGUGUUUGCAAAACUGCUGUUUCGUGCACCUUGUAUUGUCUUUUUGGUUGAGAAUAUUGUAUUUAGUAUGUAGUUUACUCAUUUAGUAGGCAGAUUCCCAAAAAGGAAAAUCAGUAAAACAAGUAGAUUGUAACAUUUACUGCAGUUAAACAGAAUCAGAACUUGGUGUAUAAUUACUUUUUUGAUAGGAAAAUGUAGUACAAUGCAUUUUGCUAUAUUUGUCUUUCCCUAACUUUGAAAUAUACAUAUUUGUAUAUAUAGCCUUAAAACUAAUGCAGAGUUAGGGAACAACUGAACAGUGAAAAAGUAACUUACAGUGUCUUGGAACUAAGUAUAGUAUAUACCAGCAAACUUUUCUUUUAUCCCUCUUGUCUAUGUGGGGUGCUUAAACGUAACUUCAUUGUAUUCAGUUUGUAAUCUGUUCAAGCAUGAAUGAAGAAAACAUGAGCACUAUUUGUAUUUAUAAAUUUAUAGCAUUUUUUGCUUAAAGAACCAGUUCCUUACCUACCUAUGAAUAAAUGCUUAAAAUGUCUAA